AUGGCCUUCCGCAACACUGCUAUCAUUGCCGGCACGGUUCUUACCGGAGUCCUCGCCUACGCCGUCUACUUCGAUCAUAAGCGUCAAAGUGACCCUAACUUCCGCAAGUCCCUGAAGAAGAACAACAAGAAGGUCGAAAUUAGCGUCAAGCAACAACAAGAAGCCGAAGGUCACGCCCGAGUCGCUGAGCUGAAGAACGCGCUCGAGUCAGUGAAGAAGAACGGUGAACUCCCCACAGGCCUCGAGGAGAAGGAGGCCUACUUCAUGGAGCAGGUCGCAAAGGGAGAGUCCCUUUGUGCUUCCGAGGGUGCCGAGAACGAAGCCGCGAUCUCCUUCUGGAAGGCAUUGAAGGUUUACCCUCAGCCCCAGGACCUUAUGGGUAUCUAUGAGCGCACAGUUCCCGGAAACAUCCUGGAAAUCCUCGCCGAGCUUAUCGCCCUCGACGCUGGCGCACCCGCUGCUUCCAAGCCCAGCGCUGACGACAACAUCGAGUAA